GACGAGCCAAGACAUUUAGGCUUUUCUCAUCCUGCGUUUCUGUUCAGUCACCGAACAGCACAGGGCCCAUAUUUACUUCUAUUUUAUGACCAUUUGAAAAUUAGCGUUUGCAAAUUUAACCUUUAACCAAACAUACGUACACCAUAUAGCAGCCUUUUUAAUGAAAUGCUGCAUUGAGGCGCAUCAUAGCAAACAUUGUUCUAUGAUUCAUAAGCGCUCGCGACCUCUCAAAGCCAGGUGCGCGUGCCACAGACGCUCAGCCAAUGAAGCGCGUGGCUCUAAUUGAUUUAAACAGGAAGUGAUUUACAGAUGUGGCGCUAAAUUCAAGAUAGUGCUGUGGCCAAAAGAGUGGUUUGGCUUUGAAGUAUUAAACGUGGAAUAGGCCUAUAGGAGGCCCAGACCAUGGAGGCACUGGGAGGAAUCAGUCAGCAGUUGUACUUCUCCAGCUCUGAUGAGGACAGCAGCAACAGUGACGACAGCCUGGAUGAGUACAGCUUUAGGAGCCCCGGCUGUAGAACACCUGUAGCCCAGCCCCACCGCAGCAGGAGCAAAACAUUAUCCACAUGUGUCCAAUGCACCAGCCCCAUUCCAUACGCGUCCUGGAGAAAGCUGAGACUGUGUGACUCUCCAAGCACGCCAAAGAGCCUUCUAUCAAAAUCAUCACAGCUUUGCUCUAGCACCAAGACAAGUUACCAUGAGAGGUCCCGUCGUUUUAGCUCCUUGAGUAUCCAGGCUCCAUUGGUCAAUGUCAACCCAUUCACUCCUGACACGGUGCGCCGGACGAGCGAGCAGCAGUGUAAAAAUGGCUUCAGGAGUGACGAUGACUAUGAUAAUGGCCGCAGAAUCAAACACAGUCUCACAUCAUCUGAGGAGGAUGAUGAUGCGUUUCUUCCACCAAAGAGGCGAGCUGUACAGGCCCUCAUGCUGUCGCGGUACGAGAGUGAGUUCUUGGAGCUGGAGUGCAUUGGUGUGGGUGAGUUUGGGGCCGUCUAUAAGUGUGUCAAGAGGUUGGAUGGUUGCUUGUACGCGAUCAAACGCUCUCGUCGACCCCUUGCAGGCUCUGCCAAUGAACAGCUGGCUCUUAAGGAGGUGUAUGCACAUGCUGUUCUUGGACACCACCCACAUGUUGUCCGAUAUUAUUCAGCUUGGGCAGAAGAUGAUCACAUGAUUAUUCAGAAUGAAUACUGUGACGGUGGAAGUCUAAAUGACGUCAUUGUAAAGAAGGAGAUGCAAGGGGAACUUUUUACGGAAGCUGAAUUGAAAGAUUUGCUUCUUCAAGUAUCUAUGGGUCUAAAAUAUAUCCACAGUUCCAGCCUUGUACACCUUGACAUCAAGCCAAGUAAUAUUUUUAUUUGCCAGUGUCAAAGCAGAAGUGCCACAGCAGGUGAAGGAGAAAGUGAAGAGGAAGAUGAAACCAGCACGUCUGCUGGUGUAAUUUAUAAAAUAGGGGACCUCGGACAUGUCACAUCAACCAGCAGUCCUCAAGUCGAAGAGGGUGACAGUCGCUUUCUUGCUAUUGAAGUGCUACAUGAAGACUACAGCCACCUUCCCAAAGCUGACAUUUUUGCUCUGGGCCUUACGGUGGUGUUGGCAGCUGGAGCCACUCCACUUCCUCAAAAUGGAGACGAGUGGCAUAGUCUCAGAGAGGGCCAGCUACCCAAACUCCCACAGGCCCUUUCACCCCCCUUUGGAGUGUUACUUCAGUUAUUGCUAGACCCUGAUCCAGCAAAGCGACCAUCUGCUAAGGAGCUCUGCAAGCACCCAGUGUUGAAGGAUGAAGGGCCAGGAAAGCUAGCUGCUCAGCUGCGUAAAGCAUUAAAUGUUGAGAAGUUUAGAUCUGCAAUGCUGGAAAAAGAACUAAAUGAAGCUCGCUUGGCUGCCUUUUCACCGAAACGGAUCACUGAUCCAAAGUUGAAGAAUUUGGGGUCUCAACCAAUUUUGGGCAGAAGACUUGUUGGCAGGAAAGUGGCACGCUCCAUGAGCUUUGGAUGUCCGGGCUAUGGGGUCUGAUGGAGGCCAUACUUGGCUCAUGUUUUGUAACUUCUUUUGUCAAUGUGCGUACCACAGUGCCUCAUGAGACACUCAUGUCUGGAGUCAAAUUAUUACAUUUUUUUAAUUUACUGUAAAUAAACAUUUUAACAAUUUU